AUGGCUUCCUCCUCGCGAGCUCUGGCGCUGAACAAGCUCGCGACCCGACAGUUCGGCGUCGCUCGCAUGCAGCAGCAGCACGCUGUCGCAUCCCGCAUCCUCACCUCCUCGACUCGCUCCUUGGCCACGGCAUCCUCCAGUCGGCCUCUUGCUGCCGGCAGCAUACGCCCCAUCACUCGUCAGUUCCAAAGGCAGUACUCUGAGUCAUCUGCUCCUCCGCCCAAGAAGCCAGGAAAGAUCAGGAGGACUUUCAGGUGGACAUGGCGCCUGGUCUACCUCUCCGUUCUCGGCUCCCUCGCCUAUGUUAGCUACGAGGUCUGGGAUAUCAGGCACCCGCUGCCUCAGAUCACUCCUGACCCCUCCAAGAAGACACUCGUGAUCCUGGGUACCGGCUGGGGGUCUGUUGCUCUCCUCAAGAAGCUCGACACCGAGAACUACAACGUCGUCGUCAUCUCGCCCCGAAACUACUUCCUCUUCACCCCCUUGCUCCCUUCAUGUACAACCGGAACUAUCGAACACCGCUCCAUCAUGGAGCCCGUGCGCACGAUCCUCCAGUCAAAGAAGGCCUCCGUCAAAUACUACGAAGCUGAAGCCCACUCCAUCGACGCCGAGCGUAAGGUCGUCAAAAUCAAGGAUGACUCCGAGAUCAAGGGCACUGUCAACGAGACUGAGGUCCCCUAUGACAUGCUGGUUGUUGGUGUCGGGGCUGAAAACGCCACCUUCGGAAUCCCUGGCGUUCGCGAGCACUCGUGCUUCCUCAAGGAGAUUGGUGACGCCCAGCAGAUCCGCAAGAAGAUCAUGGACUGUGUCGAAACGGCUGCGUUCAAGGACCAGGACCCUGAGGAGAUCAACAGGCUCCUUCACAUGGUUGUUGUCGGUGGAGGCCCAACCGGUGUCGAGUUCGCUGGCGAGCUGCAGGACUUCUUCGAGGAGGACAUCAAGCGACUUAUCCCGGACAUCAGCGAUCGCUUCAAGGUUACGCUGAUCGAGGCCCUGCCCAACGUUCUGCCCUCGUUCUCCAAGCAGCUGAUCGAUUACACCGAAAGCACCUUCAAGGAGGAAAAGAUCGAUAUCAGGACCAAGACAAUGGUCAAGAACGUCACCGACAAGUACGUUGAGGCGGAAGCAGUUGGCCCUGAUGGAAAGAAGGAGCGCGUGCGCUUCCCCUACGGCCUACUGGUAUGGGCCACGGGCAACGCCGUCCGGCCCAUCGUCAAGGAUCUGAUGACAGGCAUUGUCGCCCAGAAGGACUCUCGUCGCGGCCUUGCCGUCAACGAGUACCUUGUCGUGCAGGGAGCCCGUGACAUCUGGGCCGUGGGUGACUGCGCAGUCGCCGGAUACGCGCCCACCGCCCAAGUAGCCUCACAGGAGGGUACCUUCCUGGCCAAGCUCUUCAACAAUAUGGCCAAGACGGAGGAGCUGGAGACGAAGAUUCGCGAGCUCUCGUCCUCGCUGAACCUCAAGCCAGGUAAUGCGGCCGAAUCAUCGAAGCAGAUCGAGGACUACGAGAGGCAACUGCGCCGUAUCAAGGACAUCAAGCCGUUCCACUACUCGCACCAGGGCAGCUUGGCAUACAUUGGCAGUGAGAAGGCCGUCGCGGAUGUUGCUUGGUUUAACGGCAAUGUUGCAUCUGGCGGUACCUGGACGUACCUGUUUUGGAGGAGCGCGUAUCUCUCAAUGUGCUUCAGCACUCGAAACCGUCUCCUGGUCCUCAACGACUGGGCGAAGUCCAAGGUCUUCGGACGUGAUGUGUCCCGAGAGUAA